AUGGAGCGCUAUGACCGUGCGAUAACUAUUUUUUCACCGGAUGGUCACCUUUUCCAAGUUGAAUAUGCUCAGGAAGCAGUCAAAAAGGGAUCUACAGCUAUUGGCGUGGUAGGAAAGAAUUGUGUUGUAAUCGGGGUUGAAAAAAAGUCGAUUCCGACUUUACAAGAUGAUCGCACUAUUCGAAAAAUACACAGCAUUGACGAUCAUGUUAUGUUAGCAUUUGCCGGUUUAAGUGCAGAUGCUCGUGUUCUUGUAGAUAAAGCCCGAAUUGAAUGCCAGUCGUACAAAUUGACAUUAGAAGAUCCUGUUACAGUAGGCAAUAUUGCAAGGUUUAUAGCGAAUACAAAACAGCGGUUUACUCAAAGUCCUGGCAGAAGGCCUUUUGGUAUAUCGAUGCUUAUUGGAGGCUUUGAUUUUGAUGGUACCCCGCACCUUUUCAAAACUGAACCAUCUGGUGCAUUUUAUGAGUACUUGGCGAAUGCUACCGGUCGUGGUGAAAAAUCAGUUAGAGAGUAUUUGGAGGAGCAUUAUAGUGAAGCCACCACAGACAGUGAAGGCAAUGUUUUAAAAUUGGUGGUAAAGGCGUUGUCUAACGUGGUACAGAGUGGAGCAGAAAACAUUGAAAUUGCAGUUAUGAAACCUGGUGGUACUGCUGAACAAAGAGUUUUGUCUCCAGAGGAGGUGGAAAACCUUUUGAAAGUUGUUGAAACGGAAAGAGCUGAAGCAGAAGCAGAGGAGGCCAGCAAAAAGGCACCUUUGGGAAAGUGA